AUGAGGAGGCUUAUUACGAGCGGGAACGGGGAUUGAUACAGCGCAUGCGGGAGCAGGCAGCAAGUGGUCCAUGUCGUAUCAAUGAGGGAAACGAAGAGAAGCUGAUGAUUGGGGAACCCGACUUCCUUUCACCCCAGGAGAGAGCUCUGAUGGUGGGGUUGAUGAAGAAAAGACGUCGUGCGCACGCAUUUAAUGACGAUCAGCGUGGGAGGCUGGAUGUGGACAAGAUCCCGAUGAUCCGGAUCCACAUGGUCCCACACGAACCUUGGAAUCUGAGAGGCACGCGGUAUCCCAACCCAGAUGAAGCAAAGAUGGUGGUGGACUACCUGGAUGGCAAGAUGCGCACGCACGUUGCCGACUAUUCCAGCGGGCCGUAUGCAUCCUCUUGGUUUUGUUUCGUCAAGCUAAAUUGGACGCUACGAUGGGUACAGGAUUUGCAGCGGCUCAAUGCGGUGAUGGUGCGAGACGCGGGAGGAUUGCCAAAUGCGGACGCCUUGUCAGAGUCAUGCGCGGGAAGGCCUAUAAUCUCACUUAUAGACCUCUACUCUGGGUAUGACCAGUUUCCGGUAUACCCGCCAGACAGGCCUGUAACGACACUGCAUACGCCUAGGGGGCUAAUUCAUAUGAAUGUAGCCCCUCAAGGCUGGACAAAUGCAGUGGCAAUGGUGCAAAGACACAUGAUUAAAGCCAUGCAGACGGUCAGUCCCCACAUCACGCAGCCCUAUAUUGAUGACCUGGCGGUUAAAGGCCCGAAAGAAAGAGAGGAAGAUGAAGUAAUUCCCGACGUAAGGCGUUUUGUUUGGAAGCAUAUCAAGGACCUUGAUCGGGUCCUGAGCCUGUUGGAAGAGUAUAACCUUACAGCGAGUGGCCCGAAGUCCAAUCAUUGCAUGAGAGAAGCAACCAUCCUGGGUUUUGUCUGUAAUGAAAAUGGUCGAAGGCCUGACGUGAAGAAGACGGACAAAAUCGUGGAGUGGUCAGGACCCUUCCGCUCGAUAACAGACGUAAGGAGCUCCCUCGGCACUUGUGGAUUUUGGAGGAGUUUCGUGAAGAACUUUGUCGCCAAGACUGAGCAUUUAAGGAAGCUGGCCUUGGCUCGGCGAGAGGAGGAGUCAGUGGAGCCGGCUCAGGCAACGGAGCCACCCCCUACUCACGGGCUUGAGCAAGUGGAGUUUCGUCAAAUCACGGGCAGUGACCUACGGGACCCUUCGCCGGAGUUGCCAGAGGGAGGGAAGGGUGUACCAUUGGAAACGCCGCUCGGAAGUCUGGAAGCCCACCUUGAUGCGUCCCAAUGGGGGACUUCGCAAUUGGGAGCAGGUCCGGUUGAGCCAGCGCGGUAUGAGCCGGCUGAAGAGCUACAGGGCCCUGAUCAUGAGCCUGGAGAGCUACAGGCAGAGGAGGUCAUUACCGUUGGAGACAAUACCCCUCCUCAUACCCCAGUCCCGGAGCUAGUACGGCGACCCUGGCCAGAAGGGAUUCCCGAGCCAGAUAGUGAGGAGAUUCCAGUACCCCCUUCGGAAAGUAUCACUUCACCCCCGAAGAGGGCGGAGCCAGACGAACAAGAGGAGAGCGAAAGGGCGGAGGCGUGUACGAUUGUCACCUCGCAGCGAGCCGAACAUGUGGCCGAGCAGUUGGAUACUGCGAUGCCAGCAUCCGAUGAGCCGCCGCCAAAGUUGCCUCAUGCAGAGGAAGGAAUGAGUGCAGAGGUUCCGCCGCGAGAGGUUUACGAGGCGCAAGCAAGAAGGCUAUCAGGGGAGACGGCUGAGGAGAAGUCCGCAAGAGUGCAAGCGCACCUCGCCGAAAUAUAUGAGGCAAAAGUCAGGAUGGAGGCCGCAGGAGAGACGCCGACACCACCGGUCGAUCCCAGGACAAGUGAGCAGAGGGUUGGCGAGGCAUGGGCUAGGUAUGAGGGUAGGAGGGAUGCCGCCCGUCUGAGGUCGCGAAAGGCAGGACAGGAAGACGAGAGGACGAACGAGAUAAGAGAGACUGAAGACUUGGGAUUCUCAGCCGCCAGGAUGGCAAUCGAGCGAGCAAAGAGGAGGAUACGUCAGGCGGCGACCACGUCUUUCCAGCGAUAUACCACGCUCAGUGAUAAGUUGGCGACCUCAAGGUUGGAGGUGGAACAACUGUCUACUCAGUUAGCAGAAGAGAAGGCGGAGAACCAAGCUUGGAGGUCUCGUAUGGAAGUCAAGGAAGCUGAAUGAGAGAAGAGGCUCCAAGAUAUGGCGGCGGCAGUGGAGAGGCUUUCGGCCACCAAGGUGGUCGACUGGACAGAGCAGAGCAGAUAUGGUAUCCAGGGAGAGGAGGUGAAGGGACUCUUUGGUCGUGGAGGGGUGGUAGAGUCACCACAACAGGAAAAGAUAAAGAAGGUGUUCCUGG